AUGGACAGGAAUUCGCCACAAUCUGCCGGCAAGGAGCGCAUGCCUAUCAUUGAGGGUGACAACUUGCCUGCUCUUCGCCCAUUCUCCGACAUAGCAUGGUUUAGCUGGAAAUCUGUCGCAAUCGAUGUAAAGAACCUGAAGUACUUCUUGUCCUUGUCGAUUGGCAACGAAGAAACCCAGUCUAUUCUCUCGCGUGCUAUUCGAGAAGGCAUCCCUGGUGGGCAGGGCUUCCCAUUGUGGGGGGGCUAUGAGUUCAGCACUGACACUCCUGAGGGACAAGCCAUCUUGGGCACACCAAAUGCACAAGCCUUCAGUUACCUUCUCUUGCAGCACAAGGCGACACUUGGCAACCUGUACAUCUCCCGAAUUCGAGUCUUCCGUGAUAACCGAGAGCCCGAGCCUGCACCAAAUCUGCUCCUCAUCGUGGAGCCAGUGCCGGCAGAUAGUAACGUUGGUAAGCCGGAAGAUCAGCUAAACGUAAAACAGGGCAGGAGGGGGCGUCGCGGUGCGCACGAUCUGAAGUUGCGAGCGAAUUUGUAA